AUGGAGAGUCUUCGCGCACUUGUUAAAUCUACUCUGCUUAACGCAGUUCCUAUUCCAAUUGUUCUCAAGUCAAUGCGCCUUAUAUUGGCUUUACCUCCAAGUGUCGCACAGCGUUUAGUCGCUGAUUAUACCACUCCUACCCAACAAGAGGAGAAUUGGAUUUGUAGAAUUAAACAAGACACAUGGACAGGUGCCUGGAUUGCACCUGGACUUGGCGAAUGCAACCAGCAAGAAGUGUUGGAGCGUGUGAAAGCAGCAGACUUGAUUAUCUAUGAAGUUCAUGGAGGUGGCUUUAGAAUUGGACUGGCACCAUUACACAAAUACCCCACACAGAUUCAUGAAUGCAUGGACGCCUAUCGUUAUUUGCUCGAAGAAUUAAAUGUACCAGCUUCAAAGAUCGUCCUUGCAGGAGACUCUGCUGGAGGUGCUCUCUGUAUGGAAACAUUAAUGAGAUUCUAUGCUCCAAAUGUUAUAAAUGAUAUCAAUUCCCCGCGUGAAUACAUGAAGGCGACAUUGCCAGCUGGUAUGGCACUUUUCUCGCCCUUGGUGUCAGGAGAUAAAGACAACUGGCUCUGGGAGGCUAACAAGCACGAUAUUGUAUCUCCGCAGCUUGCAGAGCUUGUAUUUAAAGAAUAUCUCGAUUUCCCCAAUAAAACGAAGGAAGAAAUCCCAUCAUUCCGUCUCUAUGGCAUCACUAGCGGCUUCGAUCGAUUUUUCCCAAAGAAUGUUUCCGUAUACGUAGGAGAGCAAGAGGUUAUGCGAGACGAUAUUCUGGGUACAGCAAGCAGAAUUAUGGAAGACAGUAAAUUCAAUGUUGACAUACACAGAGAAGACCUUGUCCAUGAUUGGUAUUUUGUACAAGAGAUUGUCCCACAGGAGGACAGACAUCUGUUUGAAAAGUAUGAUCACACUUUUGUCGAUUUUAUGGCCAAGUCCAUCAAAGAAGCACGAGAAACAAUUGAAGUUACAAGCCAGAAUGCAGAUUGCUUAGUUUCUCAAGCUGAAAUUGCGCAAAUAACUUCAAAAUUGCUCUUUGAAUCGAGUGUAUUGGAUCCCAAUAUUGGUCUGGUUGAGGAAGACGAAAAGAUAGCAAUGAUCCAAAACGAUACACAGUUAGAUGCUGUACAAGCUGCUCUUUAUGCAACCCCGCAACCUGUGGCUGCAUAG